AUGAGCUCGCCAGAGGACCGCCCCCGGACUGGCUCCGUUGACCCUUUUGCCAACCCGGAUGUUUAUUACGGAAAGGAAGACCAAGUCGAUCGUUUCAAGUCCCGCAGACGUGCUUUCUCUGCUAGCUUGAACAAUUAUACUCGUGACGAUAUUAAUCAAUUCUUUGGCAAUAUUCCCUCGCGGCGAGGUAGUCACGAUGAGGCGUCGGGACAGCCUAGAAAAUUCCUUAUUAAUGUGGAGGAGACGCUCGAGGCAUUGCUGAAGCAGGAGGAUACAGACAGCAAUAUGCAGAUCACAAUUGAGGACUUGGGACCUAAGGUACUCUCCGUCGGAACUGCGGCAUCAUCCGGAUACAAUCGAGUUGAUGUGCGAGGCACAUACAUGCUCUCCAACCUUCUACAAGAGCUUACAAUUGCUAAAGACUACGGUCGGAAGCGUCUCAUUCUGGACGAAGCACGUCUCAGCGAGAACCCAGUCUCACGGCUCUCGCGUAUGAUUAAGAACUCUUUCUGGGAUGCGCUUACUCGACGGAUCGAUGGUCAUAACAUUGAAGUAGCUGGCAAGGAUCCGAAGGACUGGACUUCGGAUCCUCGUCCUCGGGUCUAUGUCCCGCCAGGUGCUCCAGAACAAUUCGAAUAUUAUCAAAACAUUGCCAAGAAUCACCCCGAGCUACGUCUCGAUGUCCAGCUCCUACCUGCUGAGAUCACCCCAGACUAUGUGAUGAAACUCAAUGACAAGCCCGGCCUCUUGGCGCUGGCUAUGGAGAAAAAGUUGAACGAAUCAACUAUGAAGGAAGAGCUUGUGGGCGUGCCGUUCGUUGUGCCAGGUGGUCGGUUUAACGAGCUUUACAACUGGGAUAGUUAUAUGAUGGCUUUGGGACUGCUUUCUAAUGAUCGUGUUGAUCUUGCCAAGGGAAUGGUAGUCAACUUCUGCUUCGAGAUCAAACACUAUGGAAAGAUCCUGAACGCCAACCGAUCUUACUACCUGACUCGUUCACAACCUCCAUUCUUAACAGACAUGGCCUUGCGCGUGUAUGAGAGAAUCAAAACGGAGCCCGACUCGAAGGAAUUCCUGCGCAACUCCGUUCUUGCCGGUAUUAAGGACUACAACAGCGUCUGGGUUUCCGCGCCUCGCUUGGACCCCGAAAGCGGUCUUUCACGCUAUCGCCCUGAAGGCUGGGGAGUGCCACCAGAGACCGAGCCAUCUCACUUCUUGCACAUCCUUGAACCCUAUGCUGAGAAACACGGCAUGACAUUUGAAGCAUUUGUCAGGGCAUACAACCACAGAGAAAUUGUGGAGCCCGAGUUGGACGAGUACUUCUUGCAUGACCGAGCGGUCCGUGAGUCCGGCCACGACACCAGCUACAGACUCGAGGGUGUAUGCGCCAAUCUUGCGACAGUCGACCUCAACUCUCUCCUGUACAAAUACGAAGUGGAUAUUGCGCGUAUCAUCCGUGUUCACUUCAACGACCGACUCGAAAUUCCCCACGAAUUCCGCACACCCCUCACAAGAGACAUCGAAUUCGAGACUUCCGCAGUAUGGGAUAGGCGUGCACGCAAGCGCAAGGCGCGUAUGGAUCAACUCUGCUGGGAUGCUGAAAAGGGCAUGUACUUUGACUACGACACUGUCAAGAAAGAACGCACAAACUACGAGUCCGCAACCACCUUCUGGGCAAUGUGGGCCGGUCUCGCAUCCCCAGCCCAAGCCGCAGCCCUCGUUUCCAAGGCUCUGCCACGCUUUGAGGCAUUCGGCGGUCUUGUCUCCGGUACGGAGGAGUCUCGCGGUGCUACCAGUUUGAAGCGCCCAAACCGACAGUGGGAUUAUCCCUACGGCUGGGCGCCGCAGCAAAUCCUUGCCUGGACUGGUCUUCUCCGCUACGGGUACCAGGAAGAUGCUGAGCGGUUGGCGUAUAAAUGGGUGUUCAUGAUCACUAAGGCCUUUGUUGAUUUCAACGGCGUUGUCGUCGAGAAGUAUGACGUCACCAGGCCUAUUGACCCGCACCGGGUUGAUGCCGAGUAUGGUAACCAGGGCACAGACUUCAAGGGCGCUCCCCGUGAAGGGUUCGGCUGGGUCAACGCCAGUUACGUCUACGGAUUGGAAAUUCUCAAUGCCCAUAUGAGGCGCUCUCUGGGAACCAUCACUCCGUAUGAGACGUACCACAAGGCAGUUGUGGCUCAGGAUGCCUACUAG